GAAACGAAAGGGCGGGCACAUUUCAAAAGGACCUAACGUUUAAACCUUGCCCACCCCUGAAGUGUUGCCGACGUUUUCCUGUGGCGAUAUGUCUGAUUCUGAUUGAAUCAGGUGGACUGAAGGCCGGAUAAAUUGGAAGAAACUAGCGAGACAUCGUAUUCUCACCAUUUAAUGCGAAAUAUAUAAAACGAAUUAUUAGUGGAUCUCACAAGUUUAUCUAUGUUUUGUAUCUUAAAUUAUUUUCAGAAAAAGUGUAAUAAACGCGGAAGCCUUUACUAAAAACGAAACAUCCCGAUAACUUCACUCCUACUGCUAUAUGAUAUCAUAUAUUAUAUAAUUAUGAAAUCCUAUGUAGCCGUGGUCAUUUACUCGGUCAAUUCAAAAAAUUCUGUGUUCCAGAAGAUGCGGGUUACAUCUUUGAAAAUGGGUAUAGAAAAGGUUGAUGCCUUCGAUAAACUAAUGUUAUUUGUAAGUCCGUGUUGUUCAUCAACUUUUCGAAACUUGAAGGAUUCGCUCCGAACCAGUUCGAAUUCCUGAUUUUGAAAGGUUUUGUAUGCCACUAGUUUUCUGCUCUAGAUAACGUACGAAGAUAAAUGCGUAGGUUUAUUAGGUUUUUGUCUAAUAACUUCAGCCUCAUCUGGACCACACGCAAUUGAUGAUUUGAAGCUAUUCCAGCUCCUCUAUUUCUUCUCACUUCUUCCAUUGAUCUGAAUUUUUUAGUGUUGCAAAUAUGAUCAGUCUGGUUCUCUGUAGCGUGAUCUUGUAAGACUCAUGUAGCUUUGUGUAUGCAGGUGUGGGGAAUAUUGUUUCGCCUAUAACCAUUUUAUUGAACGCACAUAAAUUUGCAAAUCUGUCACCAUUUUUGUUUCUUUCUCCCAGUCCAUGUCGUCCCAUGAUAUCUUCGUAACUGGUGUUGACCAUCCCGACUUAGGCGUUUAGUUCUCCCACCACCAUGGUCAGAUCAUAGGCAGUACUCUACGAUCGACUGCGACCUCAUAAAACACCUUUAUCGUCGUCGUUGUUAUCAUUGGUGGGUGCAUAACAUUGGACAACAUUCAUUGUGAUUCCCUUCAUUGUUUUGAAUUAUUCUCUGAUGAUUGCUCAUCCAUGAGAUUCCCAUCCUAUAGUUGCUUUUCGUGCUUCUUUGGACAGCACCAGAAUAACUCUCUGAGUGCUUGAAGCAUUUUCCUCUUCGUGACCGAACUACAGCAGCAUCCCUCGCGAAUCUAUCCUUUUCUAUCCAGCUUGGGUCGAAUGGAUUUCACUGAUUCCGAUCGCCGCCAAGUUGUACCUCGUCAUUUCCUCCCAGUUUCUCACGUUGUGCGUACGUCCCAUAUACCUAUAUUCAUUGUUGCUGUGGUUUUUAGAAGGGGCAUCGGCCUCGUGACUGACGAAGAAUGAGGCGUGAUAAUCCUCCUACAUAGAUAUUCUUCAAGUCGCAGGACAGAGUUUAAAUGCUUUAUAAGACUUUCUGGCAAACGUUUGUUGUUAGGGUUGUUUUCUACCGGAUGGGGUUUCUGACCACGUGUUUAACCCUCCUCUCUUUGGGCUUAGGACCGACAAUGAACCGGGAUACCUCAAGAUACUAAGGUGGCUAAUGUUAGUGAUUAGCUUCCAAAUAAUUUAGUUACGUUAGGUUUUGUGUUUCUUCUGUGAUUACUACUAUUGUGAUUCAUUCUGAUAUGAAACAGGAAAAAAAUUGGCUAUCAGAAUUACUAGUUAAUUAAAUUAAUAAUAUUCAUUAACCGAGUGAAAACUAUACUGGUACCAUAUAUACAUUUUCUAAAUUUUUUGCAAUAUGUAUUUUAAUUUUAGUCUUGUAGUGUAGAUCCAUCUUUAUCAUGGUCUGUUGAAGGUUCUUCUUAUAAGGAAAGAUGGAUUCCUGUAACUCCACACGCAGCCAGUGGUUUCCUUGUUUCGGACCGUAAUUCAUCAAUGAGUUCUACAUUGUCUGUUGAUUUAGAAUUAGAAACUGUUUCUGGUUCCGAAAAAUCUUGUGUUUCAUUCACUUUACGUCCAGAUUACCACGAUGACCAGGGUCUACUUUGUCUUCCAGUUUCUUCAGUUAGCGGAAUUUUGGAUGAAAUUUACCUGUACUAUCUGUUUAUAUUUGGCUACAAACCACUUCAUACAGACCACAGAACACCUCUCUACUUGUGCCUCCCUCCAGUCAAUUCAUCCCUGCAUCAAAAUGCAACCUCCCAACCAAUCAUAGUCGGUCAUGCUGGUGCUGGUGUAAAACGUGCACAUCAUGGUAAAGGGCUUGAAUGGCCUGAGAACACAAUAUGCGCCUUUCGACGUGCUGAGCAACUUGGAGUAACAAUGGUGGAAUGUGAUGCAAAUAUCACAAAAGAUUCUGAAGUCGUUUUACACCACAACUUCACACUAGGAGUAUGUGAGCAACCGAAAAAAUCUGAAAACGAUCCACCAACUUUCAUUUUAGAACAUAAAACUGAUGGUGUAGUAAAUGAAAAUAGCACAGAUCUGAUUGUGAACUACCAAUUAUCUGGAAUUCGCAACUUGUUGAGAAAGGUCAAUGGGACGAUCGGUAAUGCAAACAUUAUCCAAAGUCAGUAUCCUAGUCCCUUAACAAUGAGUGAUCCUAUUCCAAAUAUUCAUGGUAAAGAGGCUGAACCAAUACCGUUAUUAAAAGACGCAUUCUACCAAACUUCCACAAACCUAAGCUUUAACGUAGAGUUAAAAUAUCCCAUAGAAACGCCAUAUAAUUUAAUUGCUGAAGCAUUAAUUAAACAUAAACCUGUCGAAUCUUCUUUACCAACACCGUCCUCAUAUUUCUACAAGAUCAACAAAUUCUGUGAUACAAUAUUAGAUACAAUAUGGUUACAUGCUGGACCCAGAUACGUUAUACUAUCUUCAUUUAACCCUGACGUAUGCUUAACUUUAAGGUUAAAGCAAUCUUUUUUUCCAGUCUUGUUUAUUUCCCGUGGUGGUUAUCCAAAUGAUAGUAGUCACAAGUCAGAUCCACGACACCACAAUAUAUUCUCUGCAAUAAGUUGGGCACAUAUAAUGAACUUAAAUGGGAUUGUUACAGUGGGAUAUCAUUUCGGUUCGACAAAUGAUGUGGAUGAAAGGCAGCUCAAAUAUCUUGAAGCGGAUUUGGAGAGUAAACAGCUAUCCUGUUUUGUGUAUGGUGAUGGUGUGUCUGAAAUCCGUUUUUAUAGAAAAGCAUCACAACUUAACUUGACUGGAGUAAUCGUUGAUCGGUUAGAUGAAUUUAUGCAUAUGUACCAUGAACAAUGCAAAACAAGUACGCAAUUAGAGUCUCCAAACCUUUAAUUAAUUUCAUGAAUUUUAAACAUAUUUAAUUGAUAGACAAUAAAUUUGUACAAUUAACUUUUUCUGUAAAAAAUGUUUACUGGUAUAAAGACAAUUUAGUUUAAGAUC